UAACCCGGAAAUCUUCGUCACUUGAUCGAUCGACAGCACGUUGCUCGUGUGUGAAGCGAAUCCUCCCUGCAACAUGAAGUGUGUGUGAUGAAGCGUGUGUGUGAUGAAGUGUGUGUGUGAUGAAGUGUGUGUCCUAUGAAGUGUGUGCGUAGCGUCGCUGGUGAACUGAUCAGACCCGGAGCUGCUCCUCGUUCAGCCGCAGCUCGUCGCCUCGCAGCGGACAUGUGUAAAGAGCUGAGGACCAAAGUGCUGCGGUUCCUGCCGCCGACCUCCAGCGGGCCCACGGUGCACCAGGAGCAGACAGAUGGUGCUGACAUCCUGAGAUGCACGGCGAAGGCCCUGAAGGAGGGUCACGUUGUUGCCGUGCCCACAGACACCAUCUAUGGCCUGGCGUGUCUGGCUCAAAACUCUGAUGCUGUCAGAAAAACAUACGACGUCAAGGGGAGGAACGGACACAAGCCGCUGGCCAUCUGUGUGGGAGAGAUCCAGGAUAUCUACAAGUACUGUAAGGUGAACGUGAAGGAGGAGCUGUUGGGUGACCUGCUGCCCGGUCCCGUCACUCUGGUGUUUGAAAGAUCUGAAAUACUGAACAAAGAUCUCAACCCCUUCACCUCGCUUGUUGGUGUGCGUAUCCCAGACCACACCUUCAUGAGGUGUCUUUGCCAGAUGUGUGGGGAACCACUGGCGCUCACCAGCGCCAACAUCAGCGCACACACCAGCACUCUGGAAGUACAAGAGUUCCAGGAGCUUUGGCCCAAACUAGCCGUGGUGGUGGAUGGUGGACCAAUCACAGACAAGAGCCGACUCGGAUCAACCGUGGUCGACUUGUCAGUGCUCGGGAAAUAUCACAUCAUCAGGCCUGGCUGCGCCCUUUCUUCCACGGUUGAUGUGCUGGAGCGCAAAUAUGGACUGUCAGCGGACUCGGACAAAUGACCUUUGAACUCUCAACACUCCACAACACGGGCUGAGACGCACAAUUAGCUUUGACCUCGGGGCUUCCUCAGAAAAGAAGAAAUCCUUUUUCUAUUUUUGUGUUCACAUAGAAGAACAAGAGACUAAAACUUGGGAACAAGUCUUAAACGACCGAUGGCCGAAGUUGUUCUGGUGGAGGCUUUAAGAUCUGGGGUUACUUUUUCCUUUGAUGCUUUACCAUGUUCCGACUAUCACAUUAUGUGGGAUUUUAAACUGAGUGUCAAAGUUAUCAACCAUUUAUUUAGAAAAAUAAAGUCUGCUACAUUUGGGAA